AUGUUCGAGGUACUACUGCCGUUGAUAGUUGGAUUGAUAUGGGGAAGUACUAAUAUCUGUAUGAAGUAUAACUCUAACAAAAUGCUCAAACUUUUGGCGUUUUUUUUCUUGAAUCAAUUCGCCUCUAUCUUGUUGAUGUUUGGAUUCGGAUAUACACGGUUGUCAAGAGGUGUAGCGAUAGCAAACUCAACAGCUUUACUAGCGUCAGCACUUACAAGCUCAUGUGUUUACCAUGAAAAAAUGAAAUUUAGCGGGUCUGUUGGAGUUGUGCUGAUAUGUGUUGGAACUGGUCUACUCAACAGCUGAUGAUGAAAAAUUACCUAUUCACAUUUUCAAGCUAUAAUGACAAUUGAAAUAUACAGUUCGAAAAUAAGUUGUUGCCGUCCAUUAAAGUUACCAAAAAAGAAUUCCAGAGUAGAUAUGUGGU